AUGGAGUCCUUUCCACCCCCCAUCUCUUACCUUGCUCAAAUAUUACCUGCCCGCUUCAAAUAUCUCUCUGUGUCCCCCGCUGCCUGUAAGCUUGCAGCCAGUCGGCCUCAAGCAAGGUAGCAUUUUCUUCCGCCUUCUUCUUCUUCUUCCGUACAGGAUCCUGGCAUCCUGGAACAGCCUUGCCAAGGCCCACCCCCAGGCCUUAAACCAAUUAAAAGGGGUCAGGUGUACACACUCACCUGUUCAGGCAGAGCUGAAUUGGAGCAGGAGAACUCUUCACCGUGCGGCCCUGCGUGUGCGCCGUUUAAAAGAACAGAAAACACAGCAAAAUCCUAAUCACAUUUAUUCAGGUUGUGCUCAUUUAAAGCACUCCUCGCAACAAUACAGUGGUACCUCUGGUUACAUACGCUUCAGGUUACAGACUCUGCUAACCCAGAAAUAGUACCUUGGGUUAAGAACUUUGCUUCAGGAUGAGAACAGAAAUCGUGCAGCAGCGGCAGCAGGAGGCCCCAUUAGCUAAAGUGGUGCUUCAGGUUAAGAACAGUUUCAGGUUAAGAACGGACCUCCAGAACGAAUUAAGUUCUUAACCCGAGGUACCACUGUACUGGGAACUGUAGCAUGCUAAGGGUGCUGGGAAUUGCAGUUCUGUGAGGGAUUAACGACAGAAGCCGUGUGCUUGAAAUGGAAUUAAAGGGAUAAAUCCCCUUGAAUUUGGUAGUGUUUGCUUCUGAGUAAAUAAGGUUGCCAGAAAUCUGGGGCUGGAGCCUACUCAUUUCUAUUCAGGGCAGACCUCUUGAAAUCAAUGGACCUAAGUUAGGUUUGCCAGGAGACGCAUAAUAUCCCUUUCUGCACUGCUAAGAAAUCAAUAUUUUGGUGUGGCAGCACCUGCACUUUGAAACUCCCUGCAUGUUGUUAUUUAUUCAUUUACCGCCCUUUAUCCGUAAAUCACAGGAUCACAACAUGAAAUCGCAAUACAAAAAACAGGAAAUGCGUAACAAAAAUAAGAACAAAGCUGAACAAAUAAUCCCAGCUCCCACAACACAUUGAAAAGCGCAUAAGAUGUCAAUCAGCCAAAGGCCUGGUUGAAGAUAAACAUUUUUUGCCUGGCACCUAGAAGUGUAUUAGGAAGGUGCCAGGCAAACCUUCUUGGGGAGAGCAUUCGGCAAACGUGGAGCCACUGCAGAAAAGGCCCCGAUAUCAUGUUGCCACCCUAUGGUCCUCUCGUGGAGGAAGCACAUGAAGAAGGGCCUCAGAGGGUGAUCUCAGGAUCCGGGUCAGUUCACAUGGAGAGAGUUGGUCCUUGAGGUAUUGUGGUCCUGGGCCCUUUAUAGGUCAAAAGCAGCGCUUUGAACUGAGCCCGGAAACUAAUUGGCAGCCAGUGUAGUCAAUAGGUAGGCACUUUCUUCACUGUGUGCUUUUUGGUGCCUGCUAAAAACAAUUUUGUUUAGACAAGCCUACCCAGAUGUGUUAAAAGGUCUGCCUUGGAUUCGUAUCGAGAUCAUUCUGUCAUUUUUGAGAUUGCAUCCCAGUACAGCUUUCGCCACUCUUUUGUUGACUAUGGGGGCCACUUCAUUUCUUUUACGGGAUGUGGUGCUGGAGGAGACUCUUGAGAGUCCCAUGGACUGCAAGAAGAUCAAACCUAUCCAUUCUGAAGGAAAUCAGCCCUGAGUGCUCACUGGAAGGACAGAUCCUGAAGCUGAGGCUCCAAGACUUUGGCCACCUCCUGAGAAGAGAAGACUCCCUGGAAAAGACCCUGAUGUUGGGAAAGAUGGAGGGCACAAGGAGAAGGGAAUGACAGAGGAUGAGAUGGUUGGACAGUGUUCUCCAAGCUACCAGCAUGAGUUUGACCAAACUGCGGGAGGCAGUAGAAGACAGGAGUGCCUGGCGUGCUCUGGUCCAGGGGGUCACGAAGAGUCGGACACGACUAAACAACUAAACAACCACAACAACCCAGAUGUGUUAAAAGAAAAUGGGAGAAGGGAGAAAAUGAUAUCAAACAGGAUUAAGCUGCUUCCCCUGUUCUUGUCAUGCGUGUGAUAGAACUCAAAAUGAAGCAGUAAACAGCUGGAUUGCCAUGAUUUCAGUAAACGGGGAAGAAAAUGAGCACAUAGACAACACAUUGUAGUCAGUUGUAAUUGCAAAUAUCCCAAGCUUGGGCAGAUGGCUGUCGAGAGCGUUUCAGGGGGUCUACACCUGGUAGAUGAAGGGAACGCAGUGGAUGUAGCCUACCUUGAUUUCAGCAAGGCAUUUGACAAGGUGCCUCAUGAUAUUCUUGUAAAGAAGCUGGUAAAAUGUGGUCUUGACUAUGCUACCACUCAGUGGAUUUGUAACUGGCUGACUGACUGAACCCAAAGGGUGCUCAUCAAUGGUUCCUCUUCAUCCUGGAGAAGAGUGACUAGUGGGGUGCCACAGGGUUCUGUCUUGGGCCCGGUCUUAUUCAACAUCUUUAUCAACGACUUGGAUGAUGGACUCAAGGGCAUCCUGAUCAAAUUUGCAGAUGACACCAAAUUGGGAGGGGUGGCUAACACCCCAGAGGACAGGAUCACACUUCAAAACGACCUUGACAGAUUAGAGAACUGGGCCAAAACAAACAAGAUGAAUUUUAACAGGCAGAAAUGUAAAGUAUUGCACUUGGGCAAAAAAAAUGAGAGGCACAAAUACAAGAUGGGUGACACCUGGCUUGAGAGCAGUACAUGUGAAAAGGAUCUAGGAGUCUUGGUUGACCACAAACUUGACAUGAGCCAACAGUGUGACGCGGCAGCUAAAAAGCCAAUGCAAUUCUGGGCUGCAUCAAUAGGAGUAUAGCAUCUAGAUCAAGGGAAGUAAUAGUGCCACUGUAUUCUGCUCUGGUCAGACCUCACCUGGAGUACUGUGUCCAGUUCUGGGCACCACAGUUCAAGAAGGACAUUGACAAACUGGAACGUGUCCAGAGGAGGGCAACCAAAAUGGUCAAAGGCCUGGAAACGAUGCCUUAUGAGGAACGGCUAAGAGAGCUGGGCAUGUUUAGCCUGGAGAAGAGGAGGUUAAGAGGUGAUAUGAUAGCCAUGUUCAAAUAUAUAAAAGGAUGUCACAUAGAGGAGGGAGAAAGGUUGUUAUCUGCUGCUCCAGAGAAGCGGACACGGAGCAAUGGAUCCAAACUACAAGAAAGAAGAUUCCACCUAAACAUUAGGAAGAACUUCCUGACAGUAAGAGCUGUUCGACAGUGGAAUUUGCUGCCAAGGAGUGUGGUGGAGUCUCCUUCUUUGGAGGUCUUUAAGCAGAGGCUUGACAACCAUAUGUCAGGAGUGCUCUGAUGGUGUUUCCUGCUUGGCAGGGGGUUGGACUCGAUGGCCCUUGUGGUCUCUUCCAACUCUAUGAUUCUAUGAUUCUACUCUUGAGUGCGGUUUAACAGUCAAUUCCUCUUCCCAGGGGUUCUGUGAACUGUAGCUCUUAUUGAGGAAGAGGGGGCUUCCUAACAACUCUCAUCUUAACAAACUUCAGUUCCCAUUAUUCUCUGGAGAAAGUCAUGGCUGUUUAAGGUGGCACGGUGCUGGUUUAAAUGCAUAGUGUAGAUGGGGCCUUGGUUGGAAAGGUACCACUCCUACUUUAUGCCAGCUUUUGCUCUCCAGGGGCCCCAGGUUGACGAAGCCUGUUUUAUUUGUCUUACAACAAAAAAGAUAAAACCUGCUCAACCUCACACUACCAAAUCAAUCACAUCUGCCCAAUUAUUUUAUCUAAAGUGCAAAGCCCCUUAAAGUGGAAAUAUAAAAUAUAUACCUCAAUUAUUGUCUACACUGACUGUCAGCCUUCCCUUAAAAAGAAAUUGUAAGAUUCUAGUCCUUAUGGGACUGAGCAAAUAGGAUAAGAAACUGCCUUAGUGUGACAAUUGGUCUAUAUGGCUAGUGUAUUGCCAUUACACACACACACACAGUAUAUACAGUUUCUACGUGUGUGUCUCUAAUGCUAGUCCUGCGCUGAGUAGACCCAUUCAGCCUAAGUCAGUCAUGUACAUUAGCUUCAAUGGGUUUACUCUGAGGAGGAGGAGGAGCACUGGAUCUAACUAUCUAUAUCUAUAUCUAUAUCUAUAUCUAUAUCUAUAUACAGUAUAUUACUUUAUGUGAGUGUACAAAACAAAACAAAACAAAACAAAACAAAACAAAACAAAACCAAGCCUUGUUGCAGAGGCCCGGGAGAGGGAGAAAUUGAAAACCAACGCUUGCCUCCUUCUCAUUGGCUCAAAUCAUACGGCUCUGCCCGCCUUCCACAAGCUCCCGUUGGUUGAGAUGGGUGCUACAGGACCUCUUCUCCCCCGCCCACUUUCGAACGCUCAGACAUCGGAGAAGCGUCACCGGGGCUCCCAUUGGCCGACCGGGCGCCUUUUCCUCUUCUGCGCCCCGCCUUUUCGAAUGUUCCUGUGACACGGCCGGCUGGCCCGACGUUCCCAUUGGCGGUGGGGGACUUCUCUCGUUCGCAUCGCCCCGCCUUUUGGAACGGCCCGACUCCCACGGAGCUUGUGUUGAGUUGGGAGGCGACGGGGCCGGAGGAGGUGAGUUCGGCGUCGCGGAGCAAGGCCGAGAGGGCAGGAGCGGGGCUUCGGGGGCUAUAGACCGGUCUCUGCCCCUUGGCCUCCUAUUUUUUGGGGGUGGUAGAUGAUGGGGGUCGUGUAAGAUUUAUGGAUCGCCCCAUCUUACAUCGGCCCAUUUAGCCUAGUAUUGUCUUCACUGACCGGCAGCGGCUCUCCAGGGUUUCAGGGAGGGAGUGAUUUUAAGGGUUGGACCUGGGAUUUUACGCCAAGCAUACAGAACUAUGCCCUCCCUUAAAAAUAAUUGUAAGAUUCCAGUCCUCAUGGGACCAAAUAGGAGUGUAUGAAGCAGCCUUAAUAUGGCCAUUGGUCUAUCUAGCUCAGUAUUGCCCACACGGACUGGCAGCAGUUCUCCAGGGUUUUAGGCAGGGAGCCUUUCCUAGCUGUACCAGGAUUGGACCUGAGACCUUCUGUGUACAAAGUACCCUUGAGCUACAGGCCUUUCUCUUUCAAAUAUGUACUUUGAAGUAAAGCCUGUUUAAUUCAAUGGGGCUUACUCCCAGGUAAGUGUGUAUACACACCAAAUUUUAGUCUAAAAUUCAAUUAAUGCUUAUUUAUAAAGCUUGUACUGUAUUCGGUGUUAGCCCUGCUCUGAGCAGACCCCUUGAUAUUCCUAGACAUGACAUAUGUUUGGUCCAUUAAUGGCUGUACUCUGGGCCUCACACACCCCAUACCUUAAAGCCCAUCUCUCCCUAAGUACCUUGUGAACUGUAGUUCAGGGUACUGGGUGCUAGGAAUUGCAGCUCUGUAAGGGGUAAACUACUAUUCCCAGGAUCAUUUUAUUCUGGAUUGGUUUUACAGUGGUACCUCGGGUUACAUACGCUUCAGGUUACAGACUCCGCUAACCCAGAAAUAAUACCUCGGGUUAAAAACUUUGCUUCAGGACGAGAAGAGAAAUCAUGCUCCGGCGGCACGGCAGCAGCAGGAGGCCCCAUUAGCUAAAGUGGUGCUUCAGGUUAAGAAUAGUUUCAGGUUAAGAACGGACCUCCAGAACGAAUUAAGUACUCAACCCGAGGUACCACUGUAUUUGAUGUUUUAAUGUGUUGAAAAUGGCUUUGAGAUUUUUUUUCUUUAAAAUAUAAACGGCAUCGAAAUGAAAUGAAAAAUAAUAAUAACCUCAUGUAAAAAAAAAAAGCGCCGAGACAUUCCGUUGUGGCAACCAUAAUCUGGGUUUAAGGUGCCAUUUGGCGAUUAAUUUAUAUAUCUUGAGUUUCUAACACUUGGCGCCCAAUCUUGGCCACAAAGCAUACUGAGAUCUUCAGGCUACCUUGCAUCUAGCUUUAUCUGACUGAGAUUACUAAUUUCAAUCUGUUAAAUUCAGGAUUUAGGUCGCACUCAUACUGCACAUUUAAAGCACUUUGAUACUGCUUUAAGCUGUCAUGGCUUUUCCCAAGAAAUCUUGGGAACUGUAGUUUGCUAAAGGUGAUGCGAGUUAUUAGGACACACCCCCUUCUCCCUUCACAGAGCUACAAUUCCCAGAGUUCUCUGGGAAGAGGGGUUGAUUGUGAAACCUCUCUGGGAAUUGUAACUCUGGGAAUGGAAUAGAGGUCUCCUAACAACUCUUUGCACCCUUAACAAACUACAUCUCCCAGGAUUCUUUAGGGGCAACCCUGACUUAAGGGGGCUUAGAGGAGACCCCCCCCGAGCUACAAUUCUCAAUUUAUUUCUCUUUUGCAUUUAUAUCCCACUUUCUCCCCACCCCGCAGGAGUUCAAGGUGGCGUCCACCUCGUCCUUUACUACCCACAACAGCCCUGUGAGGUGGGUUUGGCUGAGAGGCAGUGACUGGCCCUAGUCUGAUGCUGUAACCCAGGGGUCGGCAAAGCUUUUGUGGCUUCGGCCGGUUCAUGGUCCUGCAAACGCUGCGGUGGGCCGGAGUGCGCACACAUGCGCAAAUGCUAUUUCCGGCGCUCCUUCUGGCCUGGAGGAGGUGUGCGCGGCUUAACAUUGGCUGCAGAGCUUCCUGCAGCCAGUGGGAAGACGGCCAGCAUCGCGGAAGGCGGUGCCCGCUCUGCUCUGGUUUAGCGUGGCGCGCGGGAGCCGACUGAGCGGGCAGCGGGGGUCCAUGGGCCGGUUAAUCGACCCCCAUGGGCCGCUUGUGGCCCAUGGGCCUUAGGUUGCCAACCCCUGCUCUAACCACUACACCACAAUGGCUUUUGCUGAAGAAGGAUCGAUUGUUAAACCACUCUGGGAAUUAAUGCUGUGCACCUCUGGCCCACAUCUGGCAGAAUCGGGCCAAGCAUCAUGCAUGCUGGCAUGUUGGAAAGGAUCUCGGUCCUGUAUACAGUGGUACCUUGGGUUACAUACGCUUCAGGUUACAUACACUUCAGGUUACAGACUGCUAACCCAGAAAUAGAACUUCAGGAUGAGAACAGAAAUUGUGCUCCGGCGGUAGCAGGAGGCCCCAUUAGCUAAAGUGGUGCUUCAGGUUAAGUACAGUUUCAGGUUAAGAACGGGCCUCUGGAACGAAUUAAGUACUUAACCCGAGGUACCACUGUACCUGAAGGAGCGUCUCCACCCCCAUCGUUCUGCCUGGACACUGAGGUCCAGCUCUGAGGGCCUUCUGGUGGUUCCCUCACUGCGAGAAGCCAAGGUACAGGGAACCGGGCAGAGGGCCUUCUCAUUAGUGGCGCCUACCCUGUGGAACACCCUCCCUUCAGAUGUGAAGGAAAUAAGCAGCUAUCCUAUCUUUAAAAGACAUCUGAAGGCAGCCCUGUUCAGGGAAGUUUUUAAUAUUUAACGCUGUACUGUUUUUAACACUUGAUUGGGAGCCACCAAGAGUCGCUGGGGAAACUCAGCCAGAUGGGCGGGGUAUAAAUAAUAAUAACAGUCCAUAAAUGCUAAAUACAGUGCAGGGUUAUCAAGACAACCGCGGCCGAGAGAGGAACACAAUAUACUUGCACACCGGUUGUGCCUUUUAAGGGUGUUGUGAAAUCCAUGAAGAAUCGGAAGUAGUUCAAAAAUAAAUAAUGGCAGGAAACGUUGAAUCUGAAUUCCUCUUUAAGGACAGGGCAAUCUGUGGCCCUCUAAACAUUGUUGGACUGCAAAUCCCGUCGUUCCUGAGCAUGGACCAUGCAGACUGGAGCUGAUGGAAGUUGGAGGCAGCGGUGGUGUAGUGGUUAGUGUGUCAGGCCAGGGUUCAAAUCCCGACUCAAAGUAAAUAAAUAUGGCCUCCUUUUGAUGGCAUAAUAUUUUAUAUCAUCUUAGUUUUGGAGUCUGCCAUUAAAAUUGAGACACUGGAUUCAUCCAAGUCGCCCAAAGAGGAGAGAUUUACCCCAAUCGCAGAAUUCCUAUUUGCUUGGAAAUUUUGUUUGGCAAAAUGAAUGUCAUACAGUCUUGGACAAAGUAUGAGCCCUGGGUGGCCUGAGGUGGAAAGAUCCUGGGGCGAAUAACAGACUUCUCACCUGGGAUGAAUUGAAAACUGCUUCCAUGUGACCAAACCAGGAAACACUGUUAUUUUUUAAAUUCUUCUCCGCUCCUCUGUCUCAGAUUUAGACCACCAGUGACUUUGUGCUGCUGUAGGCAGACUAAGGCUUUUCUUGUGGACUAGGAACUUUUGUGGGCCUCUUUGUAAAGCAUACAUGCGAAGAUGAUUUCUUGCUCCUGCUCCCACUAUUGCCUGGCAAAAAUUGGAUAAGCGUGUUCAACUAGGACUGCUAAGACCUGGGUUCAAGACGUUACUUGCUCAGCCAACAUUAUGGUCAGGGAUGGUGGGAAGUUGUGGUCCAAAACAUCUGGAUUGUUGAUAAAGUUGGCUUGGGCAGAAUUACUGUAACUUUCCUCCUUCCUCUUUAGAGGACUGUGGUCUAUGCAGCCAGGUGGCUGAUAAGAGACAAGGCAAAAGUGAAUCUGGCAAUUUCAGUAUUUGUUUUUCCAAUCUUAAAUCCACACCUCUACAUAUCCAUUUCAGUUUGGGAGAUUAUUUUUAAGUCCUUAUAUAAACUCAUCAACAUUUUAGUUUGAAUUAUUACUAUUUUUGUAUGCGAUUUUUGCCUGAUAAUGCACACUUUGCAAGUCAUUUCCCUUGCUAUAAUGCUUGUUUGGAAUAUUGUAUUUUUCCUAGUGAAUGCACUUAUUUUUAUUUACUUAACAGGAGUUUGUUUAUUUAUGCUAUGUUGAAAAUUUAUAUCCCGCUUUAUCGCAAUUCCCUCUGAAUGGGGUACAUCAAGUUCAGCAAAGACAAUAAUGAGCAAGCCUGUUUGAAAACUAACCAUAAAAGUCAGAAAUGGUUUAAAAUAUCUCCCGGAACAAAAAGUUAAGCACCAGAAGUAUAACAAUUCGAUGUGGUGGUUAGGGUGGUGGGCCUAACCUGGGAGAAACCUGGGUUCGAAUCUCCACUCAGAUCAGGUAGAGAUAUAAGGAACUAGGCAGGUCCGUGAGGAACCCUGAACCCAAAUUGUUAAGGGCAUUGCAAAUUAAUGCAAAUAAUUUACCGUAUUUUUCGCUCCAUAAGACGCACUUUUUUCCUCCUAAAAAGUAAGGGGAAAUGUCCACCCCCAUCGUUCUACCCGGACACUGAGGUCCAGUGCUGAGGGCCUUCUGGCGGUUCCCUCGCUGCGAGAAGCCAAGUUACAGGGAACCAGGCAGAGGGCCUUCUCGGUAGUGGCACCCGCCCUGUGGAACGCCCUCCCACCAGAUGCGAAAGAGAAAAACAACUACCAGACUUUUAGAAGACAUCUGAAGGCAGCCCUGUUUAGGGAAGCUUUUAAUGUCUGAUGUAUUACUGUAUUUCAGUAUUUUGUGGGAAGCCACCCAGAGUGGCUGGGGAAGCCCAGCCAGAUGGGUGGGGUAUAAAUAAUAAAUAUUAAUUAUUAUUAUUAAGCGAAUGCACUGGAUGGCAGCGGGAUCCCUUUUGAACCGGCCAGAGUCCUGGCACUGUGCAGCAGGAGUCAGCAAACUAUUUCAGCAGGGGGCCGGUCCACUGUCCGUCAGACCUUGUUGGGGGCCGGACUAUAUUUUGAAAUAAAUAAAUAAAUGAACCAAUUCCUAUGCCCCACAAAUAACCCAGAGAUGCAUUUUAAAUAAAAGGACACAUUCUACUCAUGUAAAAACACGCUGAUUCCUGGACCGUCCGUGGGCCGGAUUUAGAAGGCGAUUGGGCCGGAUCCGGCCCCCGGGCCUCAGUUUGCCUACCCAUGCUGUGCAGUUUUUGCAGCAGUAGCAGUCAAUGCAUAUCUGAGUCCGAAAGCUGCUCCUUCCCCCUCUGUUUGGGCAGGAGAAACAUUACCGGAAUCUGGCGGCCUCAUGACUCACUCACAUCAACAGAGGCCAGGAAGUUCCCAGAAUACGGUUUAGGAUCUGCUGAUCCGUGAUCUGCCCUUUCUAGUGUGAGCUCCAACAAGGAGAGGCCGGAGAAAGGUCUCUCUCCCUCCUUCCCCUGUUGUUUGGGUUCUUAGUUUCUAGGUCCCCCCCCCCCACUUGCGGACAGGAGGAGGGGAAUCCAUUUCCUUUCCUGGAAUGCCUGUUGAUGGUGGGAGAAGGCUAAUUUUAAAAGCAUGGUUUAUUUUUUUACAGAGAUCAACUCUAGAGCGGGGGGUCAUCAUUGCAGCUUGACUUGUUUUCUUUUUUUCCAUUUGAAUUCCAGUAACAGCUAAGGAGUUACAGAAAAGAAAACGAAGUAAAAAAUUGUUUUGUUUUAAGUGGUCACAACUGCUAAUAAGGAAGUGUAGGAUACAGCUUAGAGCAGGGGUAGGCAACCUAAGGUCCGUGGGCUGGAUGCGGCCCAAUCCCCUUCUCAAGCUGGCCCGUGGACAGUCCAGGAAUCAGUGUGUUUUUAUAUGAGUAGAAUGUGUCCUUUUAUUUAAAAUGCAUCUCUGGGUUAUUUGUAGGGCAUAGGAAUCCCCCCCCCCCAAAGGCCGGCCCACCACAUGGUCUGAGGGACGGUGGAUCGGCCCCCUGCUGAAAAAGGUUGCUGACCCCUGGUUUAGAGAUUUACAGAGUUGACCAGGGUUCAAAUUCCCCCAAGUUGGCCAUGUGGUUUGCUUGGGCCAGUCUCCUCCUCUCAGCCCAGCCUACCUCACAGGGCUGUUGUGGGGGUUAAAUGAGGAGCUGGGAGAACCAUGUCGGCUACCUUGAGCUCCUCAGAGAAAAAGAGAUAAAUGCAAUAAGGGAAUAAAUUUCAACAGGACUUCGUUGAACGUAUCUCCAUCGUCUUGUGCUGGUUAACAAUCUCAACACAAUUCCUCUCGGGGGCUGUUUUGGUGUAGUGUAGGGGUGACUUGUUAAUAUUUACAGUAUUAAGAAUUUGAUUUGGCAACCGCCCUUCACCCUUAGGUUCCAGGGUGGUUCAGCGCGGUUUAAGAUACAAACGCUGACAACAGUUUAAUCUCAAUUGCAAGGAUAGGCUGUGCCUUAACGAUAGAAACCUCAAGUGUCAAGAGGCCAUGAAAAAGAGAUGCAUGUCUUAUGCCCCAUGAGUUUUUCAUGACCACACCCCCUCCCAAAAUGGUCUAUUUAUUUAUUAUUUUCUUUAUUAUUUAAAAAUUUCUGUAUAAAAUUAUACACACAUACACAUACAUAAACAUGUGUGUGUGUGUGUGUAUAGAUAGAUAGAUAGAUAGAUAGAUAGAUAGAUAGAUAUACAGUGGUACCUUGGGUUACAUACGCUUCAGGUUACAAACGCUUCAGGUUACAGACUCCGCUAACCCAGAAAUAGUGCUUCAGGUUAAGAACUUUGCUUCAGGAUGAGAACAGAAAUCGUGUGGCAGCAGCGGGAGGCCCUAUUAGCUAAAGUGGUACUUCAGGUUAAGAACAGUUUCAGGUUAAGAACGGACCUCCGGAACGAAUUAAGUACUUAACCUGAGGUACCACUGUAUAGAUAUAUAAAAUUAUUUGUAUAAUUGACUGCCUUGCAACAAUGCCAUGAGGUCAAAUGAUUUUUGUGCCCCUCUAAAAUCCUCUCCACUUUUUUCCUUCUUUAAAAAAAUGUCCCGUUGCCUGAACCCCUGGAGAGCUGCUGCCUGUCCGUGUAGACAGUACUGAGCUAGAUAGAACCAUGGCCUGACUUGGUGCAAGGCUGCUUUCCUCUGUGCCUGCGAUGCUCCUGGAGUGGGGAGGAAAUCAAACUUUGGUUGACACACCACACAGCUCCUAUUUUUAGGACCCACCUUGUUUCUGUGUCGUACCUUGUUUUAAACCAGUGGUGGGAUUACCAGGGCGUGUGUGUGUGUGUGUGCGUGCUAAGAGGCAAGGGGGACGCAUGGGGGGGGGCAGCUAGAGAUGCCAAGGAUAUCAAACCUCGAAAAGCUGCCAUCACUGGAUCAUCAGUUUUGUUGAAUAAACAAAAUAGUUGUAACCGGAUUUUGAGUAAUUGUGCAAUUAAUAGUUCCUGUUUCCAGUUUUGUUGUGCUACUAUCUUCCUUAGUGCGUUGUGGAAACCGCUAUUCUGAAUAAUGCUUUUUGUGCGUUUGUGAGUUUGUGGAACCAAGGGGAGCAGUGAACCCAAAAGUUUGAGUGUCUCUGUUUUGAACUGUUUUCACUUUGCGUUUUAACUGUUGCGACCCACCCUGGCCCCUUUGGGUGAAGGGUGGAUAAUUAAUCAUAAUAAUAUUAUUAAAUGGAACUCCUAUUUGGCUUUUUUUCUGGCCCACGUAGGACCAGCCUUGGUGAAGAUUUGACGUUUUCAUCCCCCAAACGUUUUUGAUUUAUGUUUCUACUGAAAUGAGGCUGCAUUUUAAUGUAGAGGAAUCCUAUUCGGAAUAAGGGGAUUUCCCUUAAAAAAAGGAAACGUUGACAGCUAUGCUUCUAAUACAACAAACAAACAAUACAAGCAACACGCAGACCAGUAUACUAGGUAGCACUGUAAUUUUUAGUGCAUAAUAUACAUGAUUUAGUGAAGGGACAGAAUACCCAAAUCCUGUCUGUGAAAUCACCCCAGGCUUCAAUAAUCAACCAGGCCUCAAAAACUGUCCAAAACUCGUUUUGUCUUCUAAAAAUCCAAAACAGCUUUUCUCUACUCUUCUCUGCUUUUCUCACAAGAUGCUGUGGCAAAAGGCAAAAUGUUACUUUUUUUUUUUUUUAAAUGAUAUUUAUUAGAGUUUCCAAUAAAAAAGACACAUCAGUAAAAAAGAAUUUAAAAGUAAAAAGAAAAAUACACAAUACAAAAAUAGACAAUACAAAAUACAAAAAAAAGACAAAAGAAAAAAAACAGUUAAAAACAAUACCAUCUUUUCAUCACCAUUUUUGAAUUUACUUAUUUUCUGGACCUCCUCAUACCUCCCUCUUUUGUAUUCCAGUUCAAUUUGUUUGUCCAGCAAUUUCUUUCCCUCUUUUUUAAUCCCAAUUCUUAAUCUUAAUAUGGUAUAACAUUAAAUUCUUAUCUAUUAAUAGCCAGUUUUCCGUUCUUUUAACCUUUUUAUGCCUAAUCCUUAAUCUUGGUCUGUAUAUAACUUUAACGCCUGUGCAGCUAGAAACCACUUAAUUUCAAUCAAUCAUCACUCUAACAUUCUUUAAUUUUGCAAUGUUUCUGUAGGUAAUCUUUAAAUUUCUUCCAAUCUUCUUCCACCUGGUCUCCUUCUCCCUGGUCACGGAUUCUACCAGUCAUUUCCGCCAAUUCUACCAGUCAUUUCCGCAAAAUGUUACUUUUGAAGGCUAAUGAAUAGGCUCUGUUCAUAGCAGGCCUGGGAAAUGAAUCUUACCUCAUUCGGUUGCAACAUCUUGGACAUGCUGAACCCCACGGCUCCUCGACCCACCCCCUCGGCUUCUCAUUCCCCCCUUUCCUGCCAAGAGUCCAAUAGUCCCAAGACAGCUUUCUGUUCAUGCUCAGAGGAACUCAUGGGGCAGGACUCUGGAAGGAGGAGAAAGGAGGAGGGAACUGGAAAGGGGUAUAUAUGCUUGUGCACAUGAUUGUGAACUUCGUGCAUGCUUUUUGUGACUUAUCACACUUGCUCCUUCUACCAGUUCAUGGAUGGUAGAAAUAAAAGCCUUUUCUCCGAAACUAUUCCUUGAGUGUCUGUUGACUCCCACUUCCCUUUCCCGGGCGCAAUAUUUUUCCCACCUGAGGGCAAAGCCUCAUAAGGCUACAUUAGUAACAAAAACAAAUUGUGUGCACUUGUAAAUUUUCUAAUACAUUUGAAAUCAAUUGAACACACGUCUGUCAAUCAAAAGAACAUUUGUUGAGAAUAGCAAUCCCUUUCUGUUUAAAUUCAGUAUCGUUGGUAAACAAAGUAGGUGCCUUUUGCAGUCUCAAACCCCUGGGUAUACGGUGUUAAGCUUGCAACACGGGUUUGUUUUUCUAAUACAACAACAGUAAUGGCUUUGAAAAUGAGCGUUUGGGUUCCCUGCUGGUGCCCCUUGAAAAUGCUUCCCCCCUGCCAGUGCCUUCGCUCCCUGUUCACUUUGGUUCCUAGUGCCCCUUCACUCUCUUUUCUUCCUCCUUGCAGGACGAACAACUUCUGGACCCUAA